UAAAAAACUCACGGAUAUCUACCUCAUACCUAUCGCUUAAUUGUACUUUUUUUGUUACUGUCGCAUUUCCUCCGAUAUGUUAGAUGAUAAUUAAUUGAUUCAAACAAAGAAAAAUUGAAAAACAAAGUUUCAAAGGGCAAAUACAUGAAAAAGAAAAUCUCGACCACUCCUUGAUGUCUGUGAUUUCAGCAUCACGACCCUUGUUAUUGUCAGGAAUGCGGGCAGGCAGGUGGUGUGGACCCAAAUGCAGGGAAACAAAAGCAGCCAGACAGGUGGCGGUGAUCUCCAAAAAACGUUUUAAUAAUAACUAACACAAACACAAAGUACAACCAAAAGUACUGGCGAUCAAAAAGGCAAGGUUCAAACAAAACUUACUUUAUCGGAGGGACUACUACGCGAGGGCUUGGACAGGACUUCGACAAUGACAUUGACAUGGACAAUGACGCAACAAGGAGGGAGGAGAAAAUGGGAGCUUAUAUACACACACGCAGACAAGGGGUAACGAGACCACGAAGAACAGCUGGGUAACACAGGAGAAUGCAGAUUGGAGGAUACACGAGGAGCAGGUACAACAGGUGAAAUCAAUGGGCAAUCACAGGGACAAGUCACACGAGGAGGAAACCAACACAAAACCUAACAGUUAUAUUACAGUGUUUCACCCAUAAAAUCCCCCAAAAAUCCAGCUGUGGCCAUUCACAGCUGUGUCUUGACACUCGGUGAUACAUGCUACAUGGAGUUUUUGAAUUGAAACAAGGUAAGUACGAGAUAAUAUCUUGUUAAAGUCAUGGUUCUUUCAUACUCUCACCUUCAGAUAGGGUUUUGCUGUUUAAUUUUUUUUUUUUUUUUUUUUUUUUUAAUGCCCUCCAGUUCAAAAUUUUUCUUCCUCCGAAAAAAUUGAGAUUUUAAGCUUUCCAAUGAUGUUUCACACAUGCGUAUCAGACAAUUUUGAAAUUUGGCCAAAUUGGGGUCUCAGAGCAGAACUUCAAGUCACCUGAGUGUUUUCCGCCAUAUCUAUAUGAUAUGGAUAUAGACUAUACUCGUUAUACUGUGCUCCGAGUUGCUGUGAGACCCUAAUACCAAGCUCCUAUUGUAGGUCCUUAGGAAAUAGUAAAUGACAUUUGUCGUCAGUGAUAUUGGACUGCGAUAAUAAAACGAUAGACUUUAGCCUCUGCUGCCAUGUCACGAGGCAUCAUGUCAUCCAAACCCACUAGCUUCCAUAUGAGUGCUAUGAGAAAAAGAAAAAAAAAAAGACUGGAAACAAAAUGGCGGGUGAGACUUCGGCGUCAUAAAGUCGAAAUCACGUAUGUUGGGUACGUCGUGACCGGGGGACUACCCGUAUUUGUUAAGAAAGAUUUUGAAAAGGAAAAAAGUAAAUAUUUUCUAUUUUUCAGUAUAUUUGUGUAUUUUUUUCAUAUAAAAGUUUCAAAAAUAAGAGGAAUAAACAGUUAACAUCUCUAUAGUCUGAUCAGGUACUUAACAGGAUGCAACAAAGCCAAUGCAUGUGAAUAUUAUAUGUAAGAUAGCAAAAGGAUUGUCUAUUAGUUUCCUAUUUCAAUCAGUCAUGUUCAGCGCCAGAACAGUAAACAAAGCAGAUGCAUUGCCUUUAACAGUCACUGCUUUUCCCACCAACACACUUGUGUUUCAUCGCCUGGAACAGCAGAAACUGAGCAGGACAAAGGUUACCCAACCGUGUGCAUUCUCCUUUUUAAGGAUCUUCAUAAAGGGAAUCUCUAGCCACACACUGAGCAGAGAAAGGUUUCUCCCCAGUGUGUGGUUUUAAGGUUUUAAUGUUGGAAGGAAUCUUCAACUGCACACUGAGCAAUAGAAAGGUUUAUCACCAGUCGGCGUUCUGGUGUGUCUUUCUCAGCUUCCGUUCAGACCAAAUUUUUGACAACAAACUGAGCAGGAGAAAGGUUUCUCCCGAAUGAGAGUUCCGGUGUGUCUUUUGAAGCUAACGCUGUGAACAAAUUUUUGCCCGCAAACUGAGCAGGAGAAAGGUUUUUCUCCAGCGUGUUGUCACGUGUUUCAACACCUAAAUUACGACUGGGGUACGGGUUACAGGAGGUAAAUGUUUUACAGUUUGGUGAAGCAAACAACAAUUCUCAUUGAUGCUACAUUGAUGAUCACAUUGACAGCAGUAUACGUCAAAGCCAUUGACUGCCAUAUACGUCAAUUCCAUUAACAGGAAGUGACCUGCAAUCAACAGAAGGUGACCCGAUAUCAACAGGAAGCGACCAACCCUCCAAUAAACAGUAACUAGGCCAUGUUAAAGCUAUCACAUAAGAAUCUCUGAUCAAAUCUAGACAGUUGAACGUUCAAAUGAGGUAGCUAUUUCAUCAACUUCUCUCCGAACAUACUCGACGACCAGCAAUUCCACUGUCCCAGUAGAAGCGUCGUUUCACAUCUACAGUAUAUCUAUACUUGACUGUAUAUUGCUCAAUGUUGCUUCUAGUUGUUUUGGUGAGCUACUUGGGUCUUUCAACUCGCAUUUGCUGAUUGUUUCAAAAGCAAUUACUUAAUAAUGUUUAAGUGCAACAUUAAAAGUAUCUCUAAAAUAUAAUGGAAAUGUAGACCAUCAAAAUUUACUAGAUGCUUUUCCUUAGCUUUUUUUUGCGCAAAACCAACGCACAGAGACGCGCCUGCGGUUUGGGUGUGUCCUUCGGUCGUUGAGGGCUUUGGUCCUGAGCGCAAAGCAUUUAAGUCAGUCACACAGCGAAGAGACGAGGACAAGGACUAGGUGAGAGGCUCGUGUAAGUACUUUCAGUUGUUGGAUAGUCAGUGUAUCGUUAGCUCAAGUUUGUUCAUAGAUUUGUCAGUUACUGGGUUUGGUUGUUUAGCGAUGAUUACAUGUGAUCUCAUUUUAGUUCGAUUGGUCAAAUGGUGGUCAGCUUUUUGCUAGUUGAUCAAUUGUACCGUCGGGUCAGGAAGAUGAUUCAGUUUUUCGACUUAAAAAGUAGGUGAAUCCUUAGGAGCUUGCCCAAUAAAGGCUAAGACAAGCAACCGAUUUUAGGUCCUAGGAAAUAGUUUGUGCUGAUCUUGUCGUCAGUGCUAAGGGUGUGUCAAGUGGUGGGGUGAUUAUAAAAAAAUUAAAAAAAAGAAAAGAAACCGACUUUGGCCUUGGCUGAUAUCUCACCAGAUAUCGAGUCACAUAAACUCAUAAGUUAUGUUAUGAGUGGAAUUGGAGUGCGAUAAUAAAACUAUAGACUUUAGCCUGUGCUGAUAUCUAGCCAUAUAUCUGGUUAUAUAUACAUCAAUUGCUCAGAAAUUUUGCUGUCGGACCUCUUUGCAAUAGAAAAUAUAGAAUGAUUGAAUAUUUUGUUUUCAUUCGUUUCAAAUAUUUUCUAUGUCAAAACAUGUCAUUUUGUAGCUAAAAAAAAGUAAGCAAUGAGUGUUGUUUUCCCGGGAAAUGUCUUUUGUGUCAUGUACCUUAAAUGGUUUACAAGCUGAAGUUAUGAUAAGCCAUGAAAAGUUGUCGUUCGCAGAUACCUGAUCGACGGUCACAUCGCUCACAUGUUAACAAGGAGGAAAGAUGGAACUGUUGGAACACUGUUGCUGCCUCUAGUGCUCGGUUAAGGUAUAGUUGCACGGGGCUUAAAAUCUCCGCCGAAGGCAUGUAAGCGAGCAAAUCAUAAUGAGAAAAAAAGGAAACAAAAGUAAAGUGCAACCCAGGAAACAAUUUGGAAAGUAGUGGAGUAAAAAGUACAUAUAUGUGCUGUAAAAUGGAUUGAAGUAAAAAUGUAAAAAAUACCACUUCAUAUUUGUACUCAAGUAUAUAUACACAAAAAUGUACUUAUGUACAGUAAUGAAAGAUACUUUUUCUUCGUUACAUUCGACCACUGCUAAGAGGAAAGAAGAAGAUUGACCUGACAUUUGUGUUUUGCGUCAUGUCACUCAAACGGUUUAUGAGCUCAAGUUACAAUAACUUUACCUUUAUAUUGCUCUGCACCAAGCACUUUAAUGGAAACUAACCCAUAGUAUUAUUGUUGGAACUCCAAUCUGAAUUUCGUUGUUAUCUUGACAAUGACAAAUAAACUCUGAAUCUGAAUAAGUUUUCAUCUGCAGAUACCCACUUGACGGUCACCUCCCUUACCCGUUGAUAAGUCAGAAGGAUGGCUCUGGGAAGCAGACAGAGGGAGCUGCUGUUGAACACGCUGAUGGAGCUGGGGGAGAAGGACUUCGAGCACUUCAGGUUCCUCACGGACCUGCCUCAAAGUGUGCGUGAAAACACCCGCCAGGCGUACAUUGCUGAUGAGCUGAUAAAGAAGCACGGCCAGAACACUUUGGACCAGACCAUCAUGCUUCUGGAGAAGAUUGGAAACAUCAAUUUGGCCGAAAAGCUGCGGAGCGACAUGCUGAAAAUAGAAGGCACCGACUUCUCCGUCCACGAUGACGAUCAGAUUGCCAGAUUGAAGAGGGAGCUCCAAGACAACCUGCGGCGUUUAUACAGGUUUGCUCCUGAGGGCAACACCGAGCGGUGGCAGCAGCAGCCCCUGGAGGACGUCUACACGGAGCUGGACGUCACCUACGGGGCAGACGUCAGCCCAGACGGGCGGCAUGAGGUCCUCCAGAUGGAGACGUGUGACGCCGCGGCCAAGCAGUCUAUCCUGCCGUGCGACAUCUUCAAAAGCCCUGACGGGAACCUGCGACCGAUACGCACGAUGCUCACCGUCGGCUUCGCAGGAAUAGGAAAAACCUUCCUAAUUCAAAAGUUUGUGUCAGACUGGGCCAGCGGUAGUACCAACCAGGACGUGGACUUCAUAUUUCCUAUCACCUUCCGCGAGUUAAACAUGGAGAAAGGGGAGAGCUUUACGUUGGCCGAGCUGAUCCAAACUUUUGUCUGCGGAGACAGGCACAUGAGCGAGAGACUGAACAAUAUAUUUGUCCACCUGCAAACUUCUGGGAAGCGGGACUUUGAAAGCAGUGGGAUCAAGAUCUUGUUUAUCCUCGACGGACUGGACGAGUGCAACUUCAAAAUCGACUUGAAGAAAGUGAGGAAAGUGGACAUGGAUGUGAGGGAAAGCUACCCGCUGGAGGUACUGCUGGCGUAUCUCAUCAAAGGGAAUCUGCUUCCUUGUGCCCGGGUUUGGAUUACCACGCGACCCGCGUCGGCCCCCGAUAUCCACUCCAACUUUAUCGACAGCCGAACAGAGGUGAGAGGAUUCACCGAUUCUCAGAGGUUGGAGUACUUCAGGAAAAGGUUCCCAAAUAAGGAGCACGUCAUUGAGCACAUUCGGAAAUCUCGCACCAUCUACAUAAUGUGCCACAUUCCGAUUUUCUGCUGGCUCACCGCAAUAGUUCUUCAGGAUCAUUUGGACAAAAGGAAGGAGGGAGAGCUUCCCACAACGCUGACUGACAUGUACUCAGCGUUUGUAGGUAACCACCUGGGAAACUCCAAGGAAAGAAAUACAGCGGAGUAUAUCCCUGACGUGAAAGCGCUCGCCAAGCUGGCCUUUGACCACACCAUGAAUAACUGUCAGAUCUUCUACGAGAAAGACCUGGUGGACAGCGGUUUUGAUUACAGUCAAGCUGCAAAACACUCCGGAAUAUUCACUGAGGUCUUUAAGGAGGUCCCUCCGCUCAGGAGAAACAAACAGAAGAUGUUUCAGUUCGUUCAUCUGACCAUCCAGGAGUAUAUGGCCGCAUUACACGUGAUGAUUUGCCUUUUCCAUGACAACAACAACGCACUGGACAAUUCAGGAUGGAAAAAAAUAUUCAUGCCUUUUAAGCGGGAGACAAUCACUGAGGUGCACAAGUCAGCUCUCGAGAAAGCCUCGAAGAGUGAAGGCAACCUGGACCUAUUCCUUCGCUUCCUCUUUGGCCUUUCCUUGCCAUGCAACCAGGAACUAGUGGGGGAACUGCUGAAGGCUCCUCAGGGCUGCGGGCAAAGCAAGUCAAAGACAGUCGAGUUGAUCAAGAAAAGGAUAAAACAGAACACUCCAGAAAAGAAUGUCAACUUGUUCUACUGCCUAAACGAGCUGAAGGACGACUCCUUGCUGAAACAGAUCCAGCAGGAAUUAGCUUCAAAACGUCUGUUUUGGUAUGAAGUGUCAAAUGACAUGUGGUCGGCCCUGGCCUUUUUCUUACUGACAGACGAUGAAACCAAGAAGUCCUUUCAACUUUCCAGCUACUCCCGAUCGCCUUUGUGGCUCGAAAAGCUGCUGUUGGUGGUCAAGGCUUCUCAAAAAUCCGACCUAACGGGUUGUAACCUGGACAAAGGCAGCUGUCACCUACUGGCUCCCGUUCUCAGUUCUCCAUCCAACCUGAGGCAUCUGGACCUGGGCUUGAACCCUCUGUCGGACGAAGGGGUGGAGAUCCUGUCGAAAGGACUGGCCAGCCCACACUGCAACUUAGAAGUCCUCACGCUGGUCCACUGCGGGCUCACCAGUAAAGGAUGUGUUUCAUUGGCUGAGGCACUCAAGGUAACCCCCUCCCAUCUUCAAGAGCUGGACCUGAGCUGCAACGAUCGAUUGGACAAGGGGGUCGAGAUCCUUUCGAAAGGACUGGCCAGCCCACACUGCAUCUUAAAAAUCCUCAAGCUGCUCGACUGCGGGCUCACCAGUAAAGGAUGUUUUUCAUUGGCUGAGGCACUGAAGGUAACCCCCUCCCAUCUUCAAGAGCUGGACCUGAGGUGGAACAAUCUGUCAGAUGAGGGGGUCGAGAUCCUCUCGAAAGGACUGGCCAGCCCACACUGCAUCUUAAAAAUCCUAAAUCUGCAAAAGUGCAAGAUCACCAGUAAAGGAUGUGUUUCAUUGGCUGAGGCUCUCAAGGUAAACCCCUCCCAUUUUCAAGAGCUGGACCUGAGUGGCAACAAUCUGUCGGAUGAAGGGGUUGAGAUCCUCUCGAAAGGAUUGGCCAGACCACACUGCAUCUUAAAAAUCCUCAAUCUGGAACACUGCGGGAUUACCAGUAAAGGAUGUUUUUCAUUGGCUGAGGCACUGAAGGUAACCUCCUCCCAUCUUAAAGAGUUGGACCUGACCCAGAACAAUCUGUCGGAUGAAGGGGUUGAGAUCCUCUCGAAAGGACUGGCCAGCCCACACUGCAUCUUAAAAAUCCUCAAGCUGUCCGACUGCGGGAUCACCUGUAAAGGAUGUGUUUCAUUGGCUGAGGCACUGAAGGUAACCCACUCCCAUCUUCAAGAGUUGGACCUGACCCAGAACAAUCUGUCGGAUGAAGGGGUUGAGAUCCUCUCGAAAGGACUGGCCAGCCCACACUGCAUCUUAAAAAUCCUCAAGCUGCUCGACUGCGGGAUCACCUGUAAAGGAUGUGUUUCAUUGGCUGAGGCACUGAAGGUAACCCACUCCCAUCUUCAAGAGUUGGACCUGACCCAGAACAAUCUGUCGGAUGAAGGGGUUGAGAUCCUCUCGAAAGGACUGGCCAGCCCACACUGCAUCUUAAAAAUCCUCAAGCUGCUCGACUGCGGGAUCACCAGUAAAGGAAGUUUUUCACUGGCUGAGGCUCUCAAGGUAACCCCCUCCCAUCUUCAAGAGCUGGACCUGACCAUGAACAAUCUUUCAGAUGAGGGGGUUGAGAUCCUCUCGAAAGGACUCGCCAGCCCACACUGCAUCUUAAAAAUCCUCAAGCUGUCACUGUGUGGGAUCGCAGAUAAAGGAUGCAUUUCAUUGGCCAAGGCUCUCAAGUUAAACCCCUCCCAUCUUCAAGAGUUAUUUCUCAUCAACAAUCGAAUAAUUGAAAAAGAAAAGAGGGUCUUAUUGGAGAUCAAGGAGGAUCCCAGCUAUAGCCUGAAGACUGUCGAAUUUAGCCAGAGGUAAUAAGAACAACGUUUGGUCCGAGGCGUCAAGAAGGGCGAGUCAUUCUAAAUAUUCAUUAUUAGAAGACGUCAAGUCCAUUUGGUCUCCUUCAGAUUGAGUUCAGUGUCACAUACUCUCUGACGAUCGCUAAAGGACCAGGUGUCGGCGCUACGGGCAAGUGGCCUCGCUCACAGAAUUCGAGGAGGUCGUCAUUUCUUCUGGUUCUUUGCAGCCACAUGGAGGUGGAGUUCAUCCAUUUGUACUGGAAGGGGCUGUCCAAAAGGAUUGGACUUUGAGCACCGUCAAUGGCAGCCAUUGAGUUCAAUAGGUACCCUUUAAAGGGUUAACUUAUGUUUUUCACAAAUUUAAAAGACAAUGUCAUACGUACACCUGAAAUAGUUUUGCUCAUUUUGACAUGGUUGUUUUAAAUUUGAUCAUUCUCACUUCUUUGUGUAAAAUGUUGUUUUGUAUGAGAACAUUAAAAUCCUAAUUUGAUCGUUUUUAAAUAUCAUCUAACAUUUAAAAAAAGAAACACAUUAAUACUACACUAGUAAUGUUUCAUUUUGUUGACGUGCUUGAAAUGGAGGAAAGUCAGGAGGUCGAGUCUCCAAUACAAUGAGAAGAAUUACAAUUCCAAGUAACACUGACUCUGAUUGUAUGGUUUUUAAAAAGAAAUGAUAAGCAGUAUAUGAGUUCUUUUAACCAAAUAUGUUUUACUUGAGUGCAUUUAAUGGAUGACCCCUUUUUAUUUAA